AUGGCGAGAGGACGCGAUGACCGGGCCACACGACACCGUGACGACGGCGAAUAUCUCGACGACAGAGAGCGGAGGCACCGGCGCCGCCACAAAUCUCGCGACCACGACGACGAACCCACAGCUUCCACACGCGAAAGGAGAGAGCGCCGACGGGCAGAGGAGGCAAGACGGCAGGCCGAGGUCGACAUCGAGGACAUCCGGGCGCGCAGAGAGUCCUACUACUCACGCAACGAGGCUGAGAAGAGGCGCGACCGCGAUCGCAUGGCAUCAGACAGCAAACGCACACCGGCCAAGGAAAAGCCACGGAGCAGCCGCGAGAAGGAGGUGCGACGGGACAGCACGCGGAAGCCAAAGAGAGCUGUGAUACCUGAUGACCACGAUGACUUCGUCUUUGGCCGCCCCAAGUCCAUGGGUCACGUUGAAGAAGUCACUGUGCGACGAUCAUCUGGGCGCAAGAGAAGCGAGGAAGGCGGCUCUUCUAGCAGGACUGCCUACACUCCGCAUUCAGGUUCUGGAUCUGCGUCAGUCCGCAGGGUCGAAGUUCCGCCAUUGACCAGGUUAGUCCCGUCUCCACUUGUACACGUAGCUCAGCUAAUGAGGGCCAGGAAUUCAUCUACACGCGAGCCAAAAGCACAUACUUCAGCCAGAGAACGAGAGCCCAGGCCGACAGUACGACGCAGCAACACUGUCAAGUCGCCUCCCCCGACGCCACUCACCAGGACGCAGUCGGUCAAGGAUGCUGCCCGUCGGAGCACCGGGGGCAUAUUGUCAAGCUUCUUCUCCAAGGCGCCUCCAAUCUCGCGAACGCCUUCGCGCAAGGAUGAAGAGAAACGGGUCGACUGUCUCGUGUGCAUGAACGAUGACCUACCCAUCACCAAGACCGUCAAGCUCGCAUGUGGCCAUCGCAUGUGCUACUCGUGCCUCAAACGCCAAUUCACCCUUUCCGUAAAGGACCCUGCUCACAUGCCACCAAGAUGCUGCACCUCAGAGCACAUCCCAUUGAAGUAUGCCGACCGUCUCUUCGAUGACAAGUUCAAGGUCCAAUGGAACCGGAAGUUCCAGGAGUACACGACUGCCAACCGCCUAUACUGCCCCCAGAAAGGGUGUGGCCAGUGGAUCAAACCUUCCAAGAUCAAGAUGGACCCGACAUACGGUCGCAAGUACGCACGCUGCAGCACGUGCAACACCAAGGUCUGCGUACUCUGCAACAGCAAGUUCCACACGAAGCGCGAAUGUCCCAAGGACGAGGAGACCAACCGCCUGGUAGAGAUGGCCAAGGAGAAGGGCUGGCAACGAUGCUACAGCUGCAAGGCUGUAGUUGAGCUGAAAGAAGGUUGUAAUCACAUGACCUGCCGCUGCACAGCACAAUUCUGCAUGGUCUGCGCCGCCCCAUGGAAGACCUGCAACUGCCCCUGGUUCAACUACCAACACAUCCCCGACGGCGACCAGCUCAACGACAUGCGCGUCCCUUACCCGCAACAAGCCCGCUACGCCGAUGUUGAAGUCAUCGAAAUCCCCGACCAGCCCUCGCCACCCCUCGCCCGCCGCUCCAGCAUCCGCACCCCACGCAACCGCAGCGAACGCGACCUCCCCCGACCGGAAUCCCGCCGCCUGUCCGCUCACCUCCGCGACUCACUGCACCUCAACCCCACGCCCACCGUCUCUUCCAUCCGCCGCACCGAGCCCGAGGUGCAAAUGUACGGCGUCGGCAACGCAGGUGGCCACCACAUGAACGACUCGUACGCCAUCCGCUCCAUGCCCGCAUCCGUUGCGCGCACCGCAGCCCGCACUUCCACUCCACGCACGUCAACCCCACGUGGUGCCUUCUUUACCAGCAGUAGCACACGCCGUGCUGCGCCCGCGCCUGCCCCCGUUGCCGCCCCUCGCGUCCGACCCGCAUCCACACCUGUCGUCACCUCAUCCACCAUGGCCGGUCUCUCUCGCGACGGCCGCAAGGUCGGUCAGAACCGUGUAGGCACCUGGCUCACUCACGUCCAAAUCGACCCCGAAGCUACCAACACGGCAGCCCGGGACGUCGAGGUGGACGAAUGGAGGUGCGAUGGUACCAUGAUUGGUAUCGACUAG